AUGAACCCAUUCUACCAUGCAUCCUAUUGCACUACUCUUGAAAUAAAACCAUUCAAUUUGAAGAAUGGCCAAAGCGGGGUUUUGAUCAGUAAAAAUGGCUACAAUACGAUUCACAUACAUAGAAAGGGAACACCAGAAGUGAUAAUUCCAAUGUGUUCUCAUUACUAUGAGAGUACUGGAAAUGUAAAAGUGAUGAACAAAGCAAUUGAUUCUAUUAGGCUUGUCGGAUUGACAAAUUCGCGUCAAAGUGGAAUAGUGGAAGAUUGUUGUAGAGCUGGAAUCAACGUCAAAUUGAUCACUGGAGAUAACAAAGUAACUGCCACAAUCAUGGCCACUAAGUUUGGAAUAAUUGAGCCUUAUUACCAGCCUUGUGAAGCGAUAGAUGGUGAGGAAUUCUGGAAGUUUAGCUCAGAAAUGCUAAUGGCGAAAAUUGAAAAUAUCUGCAUGCUGGCAAGAGCCUCUCCUGAUGAGAAGUUACUUAUGGUCCAAUCUUUGAAGCAGAAAGACCAUGUGGUUGCAUCCAUUGGACGAGGCAUUGGAGAUUCACAAGCCCUUAGCAAAGCAAAUGUAGGACUUUGUUUUGGAACCCAAGGAGUAGAAAUUGUCAAAGCAUGCUCAGCCAUUGUCAUGUCAUGCAAAGAUUUUCCUUUCAUCAUUGAUAUUUUGACAUGGGGUAGGGGAAUAUACGACAGUGUCUAG